GUUUGAACCUCUGAGAUCUUACCUAAGUGAACCACUCCUACACAUCUAAGUGCUCCAAACUGAUAUAUGACAAUAUCUACUUUGGAUCACGUGUUCCUUAGAGCGACUAAGACGGAUAGCGCGUCAUCUCGCCUUCCCAAAUUUUUCCCCCUCUGCACAUCGGAUCCAAAACAUCUAUCUAUAGAGCAAGAAAAGGAGAAAGAUGUUUAACUCAGUGAAUCUAGGAAACUUCUGCUCUCAAUCGCGUAAAGAGAGGAGUGCUGACUUUGGAGACAGAGCAGGUUGCGCUUCCAAUCUCUACCUCCCUAGCUGCACCUAUUACGUCCCAGAAUUUUCAACUGUGUCAUCUUUCUUGCCACAGGCCCCCUCUCGCCAAAUCUCCUACCCUUAUUCCACUAACCUCUCGCAAGUGCAGCCAGUUCGAGAGGUCUCCUAUGGUCUAGACCCCUCUAGUAAAUGGCACCAUAGAAGCAAUUACGCCUCGUGUUAUUCCGCGGAAGAUCUGAUGCAUAGAGAGUGUAUCCCGCCUUCCACCAUGACCGAAAUGCUAAUGAAAAACGAAAGCGUGUACAGCCACCACCAUCCCAGCUCUAACCAUCCUGCAUCUACGGGAUUCUACUCCAGCAUGAACAAAAACAGUGUCCUGCCCCAGGGCUUUGAUCGGUUCUUCGAAAAUGCCUACUGCGGGACAGAGAACCCGCCUGAGAACUGUCUGCAGAAAAGCGAGAGCAAACUGGAAUCCGACUCCCAGCCCAGUGCACUAUCAUCCCGCGGAGAGCAAGGCAUAGACCCGGAAGACGAAGAGGAAAACACAAAUCCAGGGUCUUCAGCCUCGUCUUCUUCUGUCAACAAGGAAGGAAGCAAAAACAGCAACUCGAGUGCUCCCCGUACAAGAAAGAAGAGAUGUCCCUAUUCGAAAUUCCAGAUCAGAGAGCUAGAGAGAGAAUUUUUCUUCAAUGUCUAUAUAAACAAAGAAAAAAGGCUUCAGUUGUCUAGGAUGCUAAAUCUCACUGAUCGACAGGUUAAAAUUUGGUUUCAGAACAGAAGAAUGAAAGAAAAAAAAUUAAGCAGAGACCGCCUGCAGUAUUUUUCUGGAAAUCCCUUAUUGUGAACACAUCUUUUUCCAAUCCUCUCUGCUGGUGAAGUAGAUCUGUAUUAAGAAGGAACUCUGAAAGCAUGGGUUGUGGUCUGAGUCUACAAGCAACCUCAAAGUUUAAGCCUUUUCGUUACUUAUAUUUGUAUGUAUGGGACAGUUCUAAGUAACGCAAGGAGUUCAGAUAUCUAAACGUUUAAAGGACUUGAAAACCAUGGACUUUUUAUUUAACGUUUUGUCUGAACAACUGGGAUUUUUUUUUCAUUUAGUCAUCCUUGUCUAUUUGAAUAAAUCGCAGUGCUGUGUUAUAAUUAUCAUGGUGAUGAUUUCAAUAUGCAGUUAACAUGUGCUAUCACAGACGCGGCCAAAACCUCCCUCUAUGGUUAAUUCAGAUACCUUGAUUUGGGAGGGAAUGUGUGUGUGUGUGUGUGUGUGUGUGUGUGUGUGUGUGUGUGCAUGCACACAUAUACAUAGGACUGUGCGUAUUCACACCGAUCAUUUGUGUUCUCCUGCUAUCCAUGCCAAGAACUGUUGUCGAAACCUAAUUUAAAUAUUCUCUUCCGUUGCAGCAAGAAUGGGUUCAUUUUCAAUACAAUCUAUAUAGGAUAUAUAUAUAUAUAGGAUAUAUAUAUAUUCUAUGCAGUCCCACUUUUACAUUUUUGGGGGGUUGGGGGGAGGGAGGGGUGUAUGGACAAGAAUAUAUUUGCAAUAACUGUCUCUAAGUGGUUUGUAAAUACAUUUCGUAAUGCAUUUUUUUCCCGGAUCUAGAAGAACAAUAACAACAAACAACAACAAUAAUAAAAGAUCUUUGUCUAUGUAAAGUGAAUUCCCGGGAAACUCUGUGAAAUUCUGUGGUAAAUAAAGAUAUUGCAAGCUGUUCUA